AUGAAAAUUUUUAUUUUCAGUGGUAAAAAUCUUUGGACUGAAAUAAAAAAUGGUGAACAAAUUGAAUUAUUUGAAGCAACUGAUGCUACUGAUGAAGCUGGACAUAUUGUUGAAGUAAUUCGUAAUUUUAUUUAUCGUUAUCCAAAUAUUCUUCCAUCUCAAAUUGCAAUUCUCUAUCGUACAAAUGCUCAAUCACGUGAAUUUGAACAAGCAUUAAUGAAUGGUGGUAUUAAAUAUCGUAUUUAUGGUGGAAUAAAAUUUUAUCAACGAUCUGAAAUAAAAAGUGCUUUAGCAUAUCUUCGUUUAAUACAAAAUGAAAAUGAUAAUGAUGCAUUUCGUCGUAUAAUUAAUUUUCCAGCACGUUCAAUUGGUAAAGCAACAUUAGAAAAAAUUGAAAAUGGUGCAAAAGAAAAACAAUGUUCAUUAUUUUCAUAUAUUCAAUUAGAUUCAUCUUUAUCUAAACAAAAGAAAAUUUAUGAUUUUAUUAAUUUAAUCAAUCAAUGUAAACAGACAAUAUUAGAUAAAGAUAAAACAAUGGAAUUAUAUGAACAAGCUUUAUAUAUAUUUGAACAAUCAGGUUUAAUGGAAUCAUAUCAAAGAAAACAAGAAGUUGAACGUUUACAAAAUUUAAGUGAAUUAUGUAAUGCAAUGAAACAAUUUUCACAAUUAUAUAAUACAAAUGAUCUUACUCAAUAUCUUAGUACUAUUGCAUUAGAUACAACAAAUACUUCAGAUGGAACAUUAGAUACAACAGAUGAAACAGAAAGAGUACAAUUGAUGACUAUACAUGGUGCAAAAGGAUUAGAAUUUCAUUAUGUAUUCAUUGCUGGACUUGGUAAAUUCAUAUCAGUGUAUUAAGUGCUCCCUGUUUUUUUUUGCACUAUGUCUAAUUCAUGGAAAGUGUAUAAACAAUCAUACUGGAGUCUUCAUCAUCGACCGAAUAUUCAAAAAUAAGAAGAUAGGAUUUCGUGAAAUAAAUUUUUCAAUAUAAUCCUUUUUUUUACAUGCAGUGGGGAAUUUAGAGGAGAGCACUGAGGCGAUCGCCUUUUUUUCCGAACAAUUUUUCUCAACAAAGAAUGCCCAAAAAUGAGCCAAUAUGAUCUCUAAUUUGACUUGAAAACACGUUUUGUGACUAUGAUCGCCGCCAUUCACAGAAAUCCUAGAUCCGCUACUAUAUACAUAGACAUUGAACGUAUCUUUUCUAAUCUUCUAUGUCUCCUCGAAAUAUGAUUCCAUUAGAUCGAUCACUUUUUUUUCAUAAUAUAAUUCAGCGGUGGAACCGGUGCUGGUUACUAGCCAGUGUAACUCAUUUACUCGUCUGCUUUUAUUAGAUAAGCUUAUGUAGAGAAUUCAUUGGGAUGUUGAUCACAUCGAAUGAGACUGUCUAGAGAUGGAAAUGCCAUAGAUUUUCGACUAGACGAUCUAUCGGUAGACCGGCCGAUUCGAUCUGAUCUAGGUCAGAUCGAUUCCAUUUCUGAUGUAAACUUAUCUGAUUUCAGUCGUCGUCGUCUUGGGUAAAUUAUUUGAUAACAAAAAUCUGUAAUAUAGUUUAAAAUAUGUGAACUGAAAUGAUAAAUAUUUCUAGUACUAAAUUCAUUAUCAAAUAAUAGUUUUACACUGAAAUCAA